AGGAGCAUUGCGCGGAUGUUUGCUGCUCGUUUGCAAAUCCCUGUGUAAUGUUUGAACUGGCGCUUCAAGCAUUACCUGCUCAGGGAACAGGCUCGUUGCACACUCACUUCAGAAUUAUGUAGAACAACACGCAAUCUGAAAAGUUUUUUUCAAACUGUCCGGAGAAAGGCACAGAGAAAUGUGCCCUCAGUCGGCUCUAAUUGGAAGCACUGCACUCGGGAUUAUGUCCGUUUUGGUGUUUUGUAGACAGAUUAGAAUAGACAUGUAUCUUCAAGCAUAACAAUAAUAUUAUAGCUGCCAAACACGAUGGAUUAUCGACGGAAAAAGAAGCUGACAUUCUUCACCAUUGGGCUCAUAUUUCUACUUAGCGGUGUGGAAUAUGCUGUAAUACUGCCCACGAUAUGGAGGUACUUGCAGACUUUAGAAGCAGCACCUUACUUUCUGGGUUUGGCGCUGUCAGCAUUCAGCUUGACCGGCCUCCUCACAGGACCGCUGUUUGGCUACUGGUCCGACAAAACACGGACCACUAAGAAGAUCAUCUUGUUUGCCAAUGUUUUUGAGAUGAUUGGUAAUUUUAUGUACUUUAUGGGAUAUUCCAAGUGGCUCUUACUGUCAAGCAGACUGGUGGCAGGUAUCGGAACAGGUACUGGCUCAGCUAUCUUUGGCUUACUGACCAGAAGCACCGCCCCCGAGGACCGCGCCACUGCUUUUGCUGCAGUCAUGGCAUGUCGACAAGCUGGCCUUCUGAUUGGUCCAGCAUUUAACAUCUUCCUGAGGUUGUGUGAUUUCCAACUGGGUCCUUUUGUUGUCAAUAAAUAUACCGCGCCAGGGCUGUUCAUGUGUCUGCUGUGGACUCUCAUUCAACUGGCGGUGAUCUUCAUGUACUGGGACCUACCUCAUCUGGAGAAAGAGAAGGCCAAAGACAGAUUAAGAGGCCAGAGCAAGGACGAGGAGGACGAGCAAGGGCUUGUGGAAGAGGACAAUGAUGAGGAAAAGCCGCUAAUGGGGUCCCAGGAGAUAGGGGGGUCCUACGGCUCAGUGGUGGCGUCCAACACAGCCAUGUCAGACCCUUCUGCUACCUCAAAUGCUACGCGGAAUCACAUCUCUCCACCUCUCUCUCCAGAGCCACCAGAGACCCAUGAGUCUUCCAGCCCCUCUAAGACCUCUAGCAUAUCUCGAGAGUUCCUGAGAGAAGAGGUGGUUGUGCUGCUGGCUGCUCAGUUCAUCACUCUCUUCAAUCAGACAGCACUGGAGACCAUGGUGACCCCGAUGACCCAGAAGUACUUUGGCUACGGGGAGCUGGAGAACAGCGUGAUGUACUGCCUCUGCGGGGUGGAGGUGAUCGCUGGCUUCCUGUUUGUGCGCUGGCUGAGCCAGCGUGUUACUGAGCGAGUUAUUCUUGCCAUCGGACUGACGAUCUGCAACAUCUCUGGUGUCUGGUGCUUAAUCUUCCUGGCAAACCCACUAGGUGGUUUCCCAUGGCAGCUGAGUGAAUUCGUCAUUGGAGUGUUUCUGCAGGUUUUGGGUUUGCCAUUUGUAGCUGUGGCUCAGGUUUCCCUCUUUUCCAAAGUCACUUCUGAGAAAACACAAGGUUUCAGUCAGGGCGUGCGCCGCUCAGUGGGGGGUCUAGCUACCAUCCUGGGUCCUCUGUGGGCUGGGGGCCUCACAGACAACAUGUAUAUCAUGAUGGGGGUGAUGAUGGGACUGCUGGCACUGCUUACGAUUAUGCUGGCUUUCUCAUACGACCGGAUGCUUGCACCUGCUGUGGAGGAGCAAGUGGAUGACUCGGACAACGUUGGCUAAACCAGCAGAAGGCAGAUGGGAUAAACGUGGAUAUAAAAGUGGGAGAUUCCCUGUCCUGCACUUAACAGUCCAUCCAAUGUUUCACUUUCUGCACUGGGACCAGCAAGCAGGGUGACGACACACACACACACACACACACACACACACACACACACACACACACACACACACACACACACACACACACACACCUCUCUCAUCACCUCCUGAGGGCUAACCUAACACUUGGACUUUGCGUGCAGAGGCUGAUCAAAGCACUCGUAUGGUGCAUGUAUACAUUUCCCAUGGAAAUAUGGAGUCCUGCUGACACAGUGUGUGCAAGCUUUGGAUGAAUGGUUUCCGUCCGUUAUUUCAACCUUGACAAAAUAUAAUUUAAAUCCACUUCUUUAAUCACAUUUAUUCCAUUUACAUCUGAUAUAGGGAAGCUUUCUCCUUGAACAGCAAAAUAUUUACAGAAACGAUUAUUUUUGUUUUAAAUUUGUGUGUUUUUGGAAAUUAAUACUUUUAUUCUUGCCUCUACUAUUGAAGCAAUAUGUUUGGUCACUAAAAGAACUACUAAAACUAACACAAAAUAUUAAAUAAAUGUAUUUAAACGGUUUUUCAUGCCAUGGUGAUAGAAAUUCUGUUUCAAUGGUAUUUCAGAAUCAGAAAUCUUUAUUUGAAACAUUACUUUAAAUACCAGUAAUACACUUUCUAAGGGAAACACUAAAUACUAUGGAGGUUUGCCAAACCCUGGUUGAAGGUUGUUAAUUCAAGAUCUAAUAUUCCUGCUGUGAGGGCGAAUAAAGGAUAACAUUUCCUGCUUUGAAAAAACAGAGCAGUACCAUUGUGUAACACUAGUGGGAGCUCUUAGUCUACUAAAGUAUAUCCCUGUUGUUACUGCUGAGCGUUAUGAUCGCAGUCUGUACCAUAACUCCAUAGAUAACGGUGUCACAAAUACACGUCUAGGGAAAAACAGCUGGGGUGGGAACUUUGUUGUAGAAAAACAGCCUUUCACGGUUUUAGAUGGCAGUACAGAAAACAGACACUAAUAAAUCAAAUAAUAUUAAGGCUUUACAUUUUGUGGUGUACCUCUUUAUAAUUUGUUCAGUUUUUUUUACACAAACAACUUUAUGAAUUAUGAGACUGUUUAUUUAUUAUGCAUCUAUUUAUUAGAUAUUUUAUGAACCCCUACAUGAACAACUUUUUUUAUGUGUUACUUGUGUUACAAGUAAAAUAA